GCUUCAUUCCGUUCCAAGGCGAGGUGGUCGUGAGUCCAUAUUGCAGCCCUCAACGAGCUAUGUGCUUUCCAUGUUAAGGGAGGUUUCAGUUUCGGUUUCGGUUCCCUUCACGGCAAAUCGGCCUUAUCGAGAUUUUGAACCAUGGCAGUAAAGUACAAGUUGAUUUACUUCGAUGUUGCUGGACGAGGAGAAGUGAUUCGCCUCCUGCUGCAUCAAUCCGGAGUUGAGUUUGAAGAUCAUCGAAUCACAAGAGAUGAAUGGCCAAACUUGAAGCUGGAAAUGCCUUUCGGACAGAUACCUGUGCUCCAGGUAUUUACCGAUGAGGGCACCAAAGUGUUGGCUCAGUCGAACGCCAUCGCUCGAUUCAUCGCCAGGAGCCAUGGCAUGGAUGGCAAAGACACCUGGGAAUCUGCUCAGUGUGACAUGCUCGUGGAUGUCAUGGGAGACAUGCAAGAUCUCUUCAUCAAGUGGAGGUUUAGCAGUGAAGAGGAGAAAGAAGCAAACAAAACCAAGUUGUUUGACAGCGUGCCCUUGUUCUUCACGAGAAUGGUUAAGUUCAUCGAAAAUAACCCUUCGAAGAGUGGCUACCUCGUCGGCUCUGAGCUGACCUGGCCAGACGUCUACUUGGCCCAGAGCCUCGACGUCUUGAAGGGCGUCGAACCGAAUGUUGCUCUGGCGCAUCCAAAAAUCCAGGAACUUCAAGAAAAAGUUUGGAGCCAGCCACGCAUCAAGGCCUACUUGACCAAGCAAGGGCGCCUGUCUUAGUCCAUUCAACCCAGUCGGGUAUCCCGUGUAAAACCGAGUUCAAGGAAAUGACACUUUUGGCACGACCCCCAAAUUCAACUUCAUACGCAAUCGUUUCCCCUCGUUCUGAUAUGGAGUGCGAUAAGCAUUCUCAACUCUUUUCUGCGGGACAUGGUCCGGCUCGGAAAAAUAUUUAGCUCGAUGAAAAGAAAGAUGAUACCAUUUGUUGCCGAUCGUCUUGGGAAUUUCAUUAUCUUUAUAACCAAAACAAGUACAGGUAGCAUUUCUCAGGGAAACGCACAAAAUGAAGUUUCAUCGACGUCGUUCAUGUGUUACGUUAACAUGGAAUUUUUUUGUCUAUUGUGUGUUACAGGCGUCGAAUCGGUGGAUCGAGUCGCUUGUAGAACCUCUUUCACCUUUCCGGGAUAUUUUUGCGUGUGAUGUUCAUCAGAUAUUGGUUCUUUUAUAUCACCGUUGGUGCCUUUACUUGUUCACCGUGAUCGAUCUCCAUAUCGGAUCCAUAAAAAUGUAUUAAAUUUGAAGCGAACGAAGUGCUCUUGUGAUUAAAACACGGUAUGAAAAUAAAUCUUCUCCACGUUUU